AUGGAAAAACUGGAGCCACUGGAGCGUGUGGACCUGCUGGACGCCCUGGAGAGCGUGGACCCUCUGGACCCCCUGGAGAGCGUGGACCUGCUGGACCUGCUGUGUGCCUGUGUCCACAUGUUUUCUGGUUUACUAGCUUUGGUCUGCUGUCAUGAUCUACUUGAUUUUGUUGACAAGGAUCUCAAAGCCUUAACGAAAAGCCUGUCAAAGGUGGAGCUGGCUCUAAACUACGACUUUGUCCGGAAAGUUGGUCAGAAAUACUUUGUGUCGAACCAGGAAAGAGGCUCUUUUUCCCAGGCCUUGGAGUUCUGCUCCCAACAAGACCUAGAGCUGGCUUUGCCGAAGAACGAGAAGGAGAACAGCGCACUGACUCAGCUGUUUGGUGAAGUGGACAAAUUGGUGUGGAUCAAUGUCAACAAUAAAACAGCAGAGGGUAAUUUUGGGUCAGAUAUGAAAAAACAUGCUCUGACUUUUACCAAAUGGGGAGAAGGGCAGCCAGACAUAUCUGUGGGGGAGACAGGCUGCACCAUGCUGUCCGAAAACGGUGUCUGGCGAGUGUCAGACCAAUGCUCUCUGAAUGCUUACAUCAUUUGCCAGAUAUAA